AUGCCAUGUGGAAAGCUGUAUUAUGCUUACAAGAACACUGUGGCAAAACUUAGAAAAGGGAACCUGUUUCCGCGAGAGAAAAAAAGAAAACUUGAGGAGAGUAAAAAAACUCUUUGUUCACAUCAGCCCAGUAAGCUUACCAGUACAAGAGCUCCAUCAGAUGAAAAAAUUUGGCUUAAAUAUCAUUCUGAACCCUGGCUUAUUGUUGAAGAAAAGUGGAAUGCAACAGUAAAUGAGAGAAAGGCAGAAUUUAAGUCCUGUGAUCAAACAAACAUAACUUUACUGUUAGCUGAAUGGCCAGCCUACAUGAAAGAAAAUGGCCAGAGACUGAUUGAUAUUGAUUUCGAUUCGCAAUUCACUGGAAGAAUUAACAAAUUGCAUGAAAAGUGGGGAGAUUUCGUGGUCAAGAUUAUUCCAUACUUUAAGAAAAACAUCAAGGACAAACAAAGUUUAGAAUUAUUAAAAGGACUUCAAAAUCAAGACCUAAACAUUGCAUCAGAAAAAAUUGAUGUGAAUGGUUCCACUCUAGUGCUAGAACGUAACGGAACCCCAAUAAAUGAGGAUGAAGUUCUUAUUUUUUUGAAAAAUGAUAUCCUGAUGUUGUUAGCCAAAAACGAACAAUGGGGUCCUUCUGAACAGUCGUUAGGUUCAGCAAGCACAUUAACCGUUUCGUCUGUUAACGAAAUAACCGAUACGUCUAUUAAUGAUAUGUCUGAUGGUUCCACUUUAAAUAAUAGUAUUCUUGCAGAAAUAUCUGAUAACACUUUUAUGAAUAUAAACGCACCAGUGAUAGUGGAUGCAAAUUUGGAAUACACGUGGGCCCAUUUAGAUGUUUCGUGGAGUAAAAUUCCUUCAAAUCACUUAAGCCUACUUGAAAGUGGGAAGAAGUGGCAAAACUGUAAACCAGAAAUUACAGAAAUAUGCCAUACUAUUGUUCACGAAAUGAGAGCAAUAAAAACCAGAAUUCCAGUUGCAGCUUUUAAACAAAUGGCAAAUAAAAUUGUAACAAAAUACCCUGCAACAUUCCGUGAAACAGACAUUGAUGGAGUAGUAAUCGGUGACGGAACAUAUUUUCUGAUAAGGAAAUUAAUUGACCGAAACAAUUAUUUAAAUCGUCCUCAUAAGAGAGGUUGGGAAAAUUCACCCACCCCACCAAAGUAUAGAAAAAAGAAAAUGAACAGUGUCGCAGGAUGCUCCAAUUGGGAAGAGUCCGCAAGUCCUAGUGAGGAUCAGUCACUUCAGGAAAAAUUAAAAAAUAUAAAAGAAUCAGAUGAGAAAUACUAUGAUCUACUAGAAGACACAUAUUCUGAUCAGAGAAUUUUUCUAAAUAAUGUAGAGUCUCCACCAACCGUCCAAGAUAUAAAAAAAAAUUGGCCAGUUUUAUUGACAAACUCUGGAGUCAAAUGGCAUUUUCAAAAGGUCACAGGAGUGGAUUUGAAUACAUUAAAAUUCAGCAUGGAAGAAAAAGCAGAAAAAAUAAUUAAAUAUGGAAUUAAAAAAAAGCUUUGUGAUUCCCAAUAUGACGAAAAUAAGGACACAGAAGAGUGCCUGAAAUUUUAUGGAAAAUAUUUUAAAGAGGAUUUAUCAAAAUCAAUAUUAGUUCGUCAAGACGAGAAACGAAAUCCCGGAGAUUUACCACAGCUUAUUCCGGCGCCUUGUAUAUUAGAAACGUAUAAGGAAGGAGUCAUUAGCUACAAAGUAUUUCUUGAAAGGGAAGAAAUUUUUGAAGACACGUCCUUCAUAGAAAGCUUUCUCUUUUGUUUUGGUCUAUACUUCGUUAUGAAUCUUAUGUUUCCCAAGGAAGCAGCAGCGACCUUAGAAAUGAUACAAAGAUUUCAUUUGAAAAUACAUCCGGAUUCAGGGACAAAAUCAAAAUCGGCAUCAAAGGGUAAGGUUCUUACCUUAAUGAAAAAUUUGACGAGUGAAUUUACAUAA